CUCCAUAAUUUCCUUCCCUAGCUAGCCAGCCACAAAUCAAGAGAUCCCACCAAUGGCAGUGCAGAAGCAUAGCAUCUUGGCUGCCAUGGUGGUGCUCUUGUUGGCUAUCACGAUGGCAUCAUCUCAACUAGCUCCAGCUCCGGCGAGUGCAAUCCCGAAUGUUGAUUCCCUCGCAGAACCACCAAAUCUAUCAGCGGCAAGAGAGUUGUUUAUGCAAAGAGGCUUGAAGUAUGCGACUGAAGAGUGUGCUAAAUCUACUUGGAGAAUUAUAUUUACACUUACAAAAAUGGACCACGAUUCGGACUAUCCCUCAAGAAAGUGUUGUCGCCAACUUUUUGCUAGGGAUGAAUUUCCAUGGUAUAAACCCUUAGUCGAGUUAAUUGUUUCUUCACCUGAGUUUAAAGGGAACAAAGACCAAAUUAGGAAGAAUACCGAAGACAUCAACAAUUGCUCGUGGUUACACACCUCUGGAAAAUGAUUUUGAAAUAACCUUUUCAUCAUACUUUUUGAUACAAUAUGACGUAUCAUUAAAAUAAUUAAUUUUUUUUAUUUAUAUGAAACUCGUGAUAUUAAAUGCAUUCAUUCAUU